UGGAAACCCGACAAUAAACCCCACAAGAAGCCUCUUCUGCAUCGAGGUUUGGCUUCUGGUUUCCUGCCUGCAGUUGUUUUGCAGGUCUUUGGGCCUCCAAGUGAUGCCACAGGUGACCCCAGGGCACCCGUGGGUCCCACCAGGGCACCCGUGGGUCCCAGCCCUGCAGUGAGGAAGCUGAGGAAGCCCCUGAUGGUCUUUGCACCCCAGGGGUGACGUGGGGGGGUCGGUUGGGUUGAGCCAGCCCUGUCCCUCCUCUUCCCGGGGUGACAACAGGCUCAUCCUUGGGUCCAACCAACCCCUUCCCAAAGCCCAGGGAUGGAGAAGCCUCCUCUCCACCUCCCUCACCCCCGUCCUGGUGGAGCAGCAGCUCCAGGCCAAGCUCUUCUCCUCUGUGCAUCAACCCAAAGACCCCCCCCCCUGGGACCUCCUCCCAUGGCCACCCCCUCGAGACCUCCCACCACAAGCCCCUCAAAACCUCCUCCCAGCUCAUCCAGCCCUGUCCACAAGGUCAGGGCAGAUUUCCAUCCUCUAGAUCCAGCUCAGGAAGACCAAAAAGUUCCCACCCACCCCCCCAACAGGGAAUAAGAAGCAGAUUCCUAGAAGAAAUGUGUUGUGUUUGAGAUACUCACGUGGUUCCUUGAGGUGUCUUGAGUAGGGUGGACCUGGAGGCCACCCUGUCCUUCAGACCAUGCAGAAAGGAACCACCUCUUGGCCCCACGGACCAUCUCUGCAGACCUCUGGUGGAUGGAGAGAGGCCAGGACAUCCCAGGACAGCAGCCUGACCUUCCUGAGUUGGCAGGAGGUGGCUCAGACACAUCCAGGUCUGGUGAGGAGCAUCCACGGGUGGUGUGAGGCUCAGAGCUGGGCUCAGAGACGACCAAGGAUGCAGUUCUGAGGGGACCUCUUCCAAAGACACCCUGGUUCCCACCAUGACCCCGUGCAAGAGCUCCCCUUGGAGUCCUACAGCCUCUCUGAAGCUGCUGCUGUGCCUCAGUUUCCAGAGUGCUGACCAACCCCAUGGAGACCUGGAGACCAUCUCAGACCUGCUGAGGACACCCCAGGGCAGGAACAUUGCCCACCUGAACCAGAACAGAAGCAGCUGCUCAGGUGGAAGAUGAAGGAUCCAGCCCCUUUCUCCAGACCAACGGAGUCAAUGGUUUCCCAACCCCAGGAAAUGAAGGCAAGAAUGAAAAGCCCCAGAGGAGCUGGUGCCUCAGCUGGUGCCUCCUGGCAGCUCCUGGCCCUGCUCCAGCUUCUCCUCCUGCCGGGAUCACAGGAGCCAGGAUCCCACCUCCAUCCUGCUCUUCCCAUGGGGAUUUUUUCCCCUCCUCUCCCUUGGUUUUCCCUUCCCAGUUCCCUCUGAUCUAUUGUCUUUCCCCUUGGAAGAUCUGAGCUCAGUGAGUGUCCUGACAAGGACCCAUGAUCUCCAGGGAGGAGGAAGGAGCAGCUCCAUCCCAGCAGUUGUGGGGAAGAUGAAAGAAGGAGCCACGUGCCCGGAGUCCCCCGAGGGCGCUUCGGCCGCCAGCGAAGAGGAAGGGGAGAAGCUGCAGAAGAGAUGGCCCCGCAAGCGCGGGGGGCAGGGGGGGGUCCCCUCCUCCCCCCCGGGGAAACGGGGGCGGCGCAGCCCCCUCCCCCAGCCCCCCGAGCCCCCCCAGGCCCAGCGGGCCAUCGCCAACGGGCGGGAGCGGCAGCGCACCCAGUCCCUCAACGACGCCUUCGCCGAGCUGCGCAAGAUCAUCCCCACCCUCCCCUCCGACAAGCUCAGCAAGAUCCAGACCCUCAAACUGGCCGCCCGCUACAUCGACUUCUUGUACCGGGUCCUGCAGAGCGACCAGCUGGAGCACAGGGCCCCCGGCUGCGGCUCCCUGGCCCACGAGAGGCUCAGCUACGCCUUCUCCGUCUGGAGGAUGGAAGGGGCUUGGGCCAUGUCCGCGUCCCACUGAGCUGGGGUCUCACUCCUCUGCCUCCAUGGACACCCAAGCCCUGCACCCCACGUUCCUCCAGCACCCAUGGGCUCCCCGCAGAGCAGGAGAGCACGAGCCCCAUGGGGGGAUGUGUGUGUGUCCCACCCCAGGGGGCUGCUCCGACCCUUCAAAUCCCAACCAGGACCUGGGAGGUUUGUGCUGGGAACGACUCUGGGGAUGAAAACUCUUUGGGGUGUCAUUUAUUUCUGCCCAGCAGGUCAGAAACGGGCACGUCCUUCAGCCCUCGGAUCGACGGCUGGUUCCUCUGCCAGGAGCAGGCAGGACAAUUCCUCAUGGGACCCGUGGGAAGGGCCUCCAGUUCCCCCUGAGCUGCCCUGAGCCCUCCUUCCUCCAACCCUGGGGUGGGAAAACCCCAAGGAUUUGGCCAAGGCUGGAGAGCAAAGCCCUUGGGAGGCUCCUCUUGGAGACCCACACCAGGACGACGCGGUGGCUGGAGAAGCUGCUUGGAAAUCCCAAUGGAUCUGGGGGGGGGGCUCUUGAACCCCCAAUCACCCCCCCCAAGGCUCAGGCUGCCCCUCUGCUGACUCCUGCCCCAUGGACUCGGUUGGGAAUCACUGCUGGAACAACCCAAUUCCUUGGGAAUGACUGGAAAAGCAAGGCUGGGAUGUGACCUGCAGCCCUGCCCUGUU